AGGUGCGUCUCUCUUCCGAAAGCAACCCUAGUGCAGGUUACGUUGAGAUGACAUCCAACGACAAACCAAAUAUCUGGCAACGUUUGUGCAUCAACGACAUGAAAGAUUCUGAGAAAGCUGUGAUUUGUCGGACGCUGGGUUAUUCCGAUAUCCUACCGGAGCAGCCCGAUGUUGGUCGGAACUCGAGUAGGGAUUCGGAAAUGCCCGUCAUCCAUGGAAAUGUGUAUUGUAACAGCAAUGAAAACAACAUAUCUGCUUGUUGUUUAGAGAAGGUUGAUACAGAUGGAAGCACUUGUCUGUCCAUUGCUCGCGUAUCUUGUUCAAUCUGUUCUGAACCAGUUCUCAGCAGUAAAAACCAUCCAGUUGUCAUGUUUAGCGCAUCAAGUUUCCUUCCUGGCUACCCCGCUGACCGAGCAGCGAUCACAAGCGGUUCCGCGUGGUGUGCACGUGACGCAGACGGGUCACAUGACUAUUUGAAGAUAGACGUUAACAUGCUAUACGUCAUCAAGCAACUGUCCGUGUUAGGGGAGGUAAAGCGAGGGAACUGGGUUCAGGAAUACGAAGUGUUGUACUCUGCAGAUGGCAAUGAUUGGUUGCCCGUAAUUGUGGGUGGUAAGAAUCGUUUAACUGGAAACUCUGCAAGUGACAAGUUAUCAAGUGUUGUGUUUGAUGAAACUAUUAACGCAAGGUUUCUUAAGAUUUUCCCCAAAUCAUGGCAAGGCACUCCCUGCAUGAGAAUUGAGAUAUGUGGACACAAGCUUCUUCCUGACGCCCCAAUGAGUCUCACGCUGACCCACGUCACAGCCCAUUCCGCUGACCUGUCAUGGUUGAAACCAUCAAACGUUGGUGAUGGAGGUUUUACGGAUUAUCAAAUUAUUUUGUUCCGAGAUGGUAAUUUUGACUCUAAUUACACAAGCAAGGUUGAAAUUAAGCAUUUCUCUGCGUUGAGACCUUACACGAAGUAUUCGGUGGUUGUGCAAGCUGGUAAUCAACAUGGUUACGGGCUCAAGGCUGAGCUUACUUUCAGAACCAACUCGACAGCCCCGUCAAGUCCUCCAAUGAAUAUCGUGUUAUCACCAGUCACUUCAAGCUCACUGAAAGUUUCCUGGGAGAAACCACCUUCGUCUCGCAGAAAUGGUAUAAUUAACGGCUACGAGGUUUGUUUUGGUUGGGUAAAAUCUGUUGAGGAAUGUGAUGUUACAUUAAGAACAUCAGCAAGCAUUUUUAGCCUGGGUUAUCUGUCGUCUGCCACUGAAUAUAAAGUUAAGGUUUUGGCAAGAAACGACGCGGGGUCUGGGAACUACAGCGAAGAAUAUUCUCAGAUUACAAACGCAGAUGCUCCUGUAUGCAAUCGUCCCUCAAUAACCAGUGAAACGUUUGCGGUCAAACUUCAGAAACCCAGAGGAGAUGUGAAAUUUUGUCAAGUGGUAGUACUUGCCUUGUCAUCAGAUGGUAGAAUUCCUAAUCAUGAUAUUUAUUCGCUCAAUCCUGCCACGUACCUUGAUGCAGCAGACUCUUCUGUGCCUUAUAUUGCCGCGGAGUUCCGAGCCUCAGAUUUCUUCAAAUAUCAAACCUUUACAGUUGGAAAUAGAUCAAUAUAUCCCGCGCUGUCAUCGUUGAAUGCGAGAGGGAAUGAGGCCAAGAGGUUCCUCAAUGGACCGUUAGCACCCAACACAAGUUACACAUUGUUCCAGAGAUUCCUUUCUGACAAGAAAGUGUUGUAUUUCUCUGACUUUCUCGAUCCCGUCGAAACAAGUGGUGUAAAAAUGAGUGAAACCAGGUUUCAAGGUAGGCCGAAAUAUGAAAAUUACAGAAACAAUCAAUUCAUUCAAAUAGUGAAGUUGACUUGUAUUUUAUCAUCUCUGUUUGGCUCUACAUUUCAGCACAGUGCGUUAACUCAAAGCCGACAACGUUCAGAGUGCCUUUCAUAAUCAUGACUGUAUUAUUCUGUAUUUUGAUCGCCAUUAUUGUUUGUUUCUUACUUCUAAAAUGGCGAGGACGACACGCCAAAGAAAAGACAACAAAAGAUAAACCAAAACGCUCAACAGCGGAAGAAAAGAUUCCCAUGAACGAUACAAAUGAAAAUAAUAACGAACUAAACGCUGAAUCAGCUUAGGAUCAUCUCGUUUGCACUUCACGUUAUUGCACACCUAGCUAAAACUUUUCCAAAACAUUUCAUCAAACGUUUUAACAAGUCACAGCUUUAUCCCUAAACAAUAAUGAAUGAUCUGUUGACUUCAAAAUAAACCUCACUGAGGAACUGAAAGCAACUUAUUCUUAACUCGCGAUUGAACCAGGAGGGGUUCAUUCAAAAUGCACAACUAAUUUAUUUAUAAAAACUGUACCGAGAGUUUGUCUCCGAAACUGAAUAUUUUAGUUAAUGAUUCGUAUCAUAUUUUAACCUACCUUUGCACAGUUUUCCACCUGCACUUUGCACUGGAAAGAUAUAAUAAGCGAAAAUUGGCCUCGUGGUAGAA